CUGGGUGUGUUCUUUCUCUUAAAAAAUUAAAUUCUUUUCAGAAACAAUGUGUUUCCCAUAAAGAAGCAUUAAUUUGUUCAGUAAUUAUACCUAAGUUAAGAUACGUUGAACUCGAAGCAAAGAGAUUGUGAAAAACAAGAAAAAUAAAAUUGAUAAGAGGUUGUCGCCUUUCUUAUAAAUGAUAACACCAAAACUACAAACACACCAAUUCGGAAAAAAUACAUUUCAAACAACAAGGACUUAUAUAGUCGAGCGCCAGAUCCACGUUUUUGUCGAAGCCUCCAAUAGCUGGUUUGGUUAAGGGAGCAACAUGAAAUUACUGAUUGUAAUGUUUGCCCUGAUGGCCGUUAUUUUGGCCGCUCCUCAAGGAUUUGGCGGAAAGCUUCGUGGUCAGGAAGGAUAUGGCGGAACUAAUCGCCAGUUCUUAGGUCAAAACGAAAUAUUGAAAGAAUCUUCACGUGUCAAAAGUAGAGGAGUAAUUGUCGGUCAGAAAGUAUAUGUCGCACCAUGGCCAAAUGUCAAUGCUCAAAGCGAAACAUAUAACUACAGAAAUCCAGAUGGAUUUGGAGUUCAGGGAAAAUAUGGCAGACCUGGUCCCAAAGUAGUUGUUCACAGCGAAGGCGGCCAUCUAAGUUUCAAUAAUAUGGGAGGAUAUGGUAGUCAAGGUGUUUAUGGAGUACCCGGUCCUUAUGUUGUUGUUCAAAGCGCAAGAUUUAAUCUUGGAAAUCUGGGAGGAGCAGGCCCCCAAUACGUUGGAAAAGGCCAAAGGUUAAAUAGCGGACGUCUUGGACUCGAUAAUAUAGGCGCAUAUGGCGUACCAGGUUCCUAUGUUGGUGGUGAAAGCGAAAGAUUCAAGGGAUUCAGCAACGGAGAAGGAGUUGACGGUCACGGUACACAAACAGGUCUGCAAUGGAAUAACAGACCUACAUAUUUUUUUAAAUGCGCUAUAUGUUCAUCUUCCAAUCCAUUUGGAAAAUAACGUUCUUUCUGGUCUGGGAUUGACUGGAAAUCUUUAAAAUGUGAAAGCGUAAAUAUUCAAUAGUUGGUAGUUUUUCCUUGUUUUAGAAGUAUACAUUUUAUGUAAUAUUCACUAAAAAUUGAAAGAUUAAAGGUUAUAUACCCUUGCUGUUAAAAGA